AUGGUGACGUUGGCUUUUGGAAUCAUCAACUCUCUGAGGAAAAAGUUGAAAAAAAUAACAUGGCAAUGUCCUGAUUUUGUUUGCUUGCAUAUCAAGUCGGUCAAGCGGAUGUGGACGCGGUUGGAGAUCCGAGGAGCCAAUUGGAAUCUGGCAAGUCGCUUCGACCCUAAAGAUAAGAAGAACAUGAACCACAUGUUGCAGCAAAUGGUUGGUCAAACGUGUAUAUGGAAUAAUGAUAUCAACAUCACCUAUUUGUAUGUAACGUUUAUACAAAUCCAAUUUGCAUAUGAUCACCAUCAUUAUUCUGACAAAACGGAUGAGUUUUGUCACAGCUGAUCUCUUGUCACCCAUUUGAGAAUAUAAUAUAACUCGAUCUUAUCGA